CUUUCGUUGUCUCUAUUGAUAGUACAUGUUAACUGUUAUGGAGAAUUUAAAGACACUAUUCCAAAUGGUCACUCUGUUGUUAACCCUUGCAGUGCAUUUGGAUUGUCGUGGUCUGGAGUGGGUCACAGGAGUGCCAGUGGUGGAGGUGAUUUAAAUGAGUUCGGAACGGAUUACGACAAGGCUGGUAGAACUUGGACCCAGUCAUUGUGUAUGAAAGAUUCAGACGGAGAUGGUUAUACCAAUGGUCAAGAACUAGGUGAUCCCAAUUGCGUGUGGACAGUUGGACAACAAAUACAAGCAGAACCAAUGGGACAUCCAGGU